CACCACGCCGAGAUAUUCCGAGAGAGAAACCUGAGCGGCCGCACUAGCCCCAGCCGGACGCCCUCUUCCCCGCCGCGCCUCCGACCCCCAAGCAGCCUCGCGCCGCUCGAUGGCGGCGCCGUAUCACCAGCCGACGAGCCUCGAGGAGGUCCGCACGCUGUGGAUCGGCGACCUCCAGUACUGGACCGACGAGAACUACCUCUACGGCUGCUUCGCCCACACCGGGGAGGUACAAUCUGUUAAAAUAAUACGCAACAAAGUAACAAGCCUUCCAGAGGGUUAUGGAUUCAUAGAAUUCAUUUCUCAUGAAGCUGCUGAGAAAGUUCUGCAGACUUACAAUGGCACACAAAUGCCUGGAACUGAACACACGUUCAGAUUGAACUGGGCCUCUUUCAGCUCUGGUGAGAGGCGUCCUGAUGCAGGACCUGAUCAUUCGAUUUUCGUAGGGGACCUGGCACCUGAUGUCACAGAUUACUUACUACAGGAGACAUUCCGGGUAAACUAUCCAUCUGUCAGAGGAGCUAAGGUUGUCACAGAUCCAAACACUGGGAGAUCUAAAGGAUAUGGAUUUGUAAAGUUCGCUGAUGAAAAUGAAAAGAACCGUGCAAUGACAGAAAUGAAUGGUGUGUACUGCUCAACAAGACCUAUGCGGAUAAGUGCUGCCAUACCUAAGAAAUCUGCUGGCUCUCAGCUUCAGUAUUCAGCUGCUAAAGCGAUAUAUCCAGCAACAACCUAUGCAGUGCCUCAGCUCCAGACAGUUCUACCUGAUAGUGAUCCUACAAACACAACAAUAUUUAUCGGUAACUUGGACCCGAAUGUGACAGAAGAUGAGCUGAGGCAGAUAUGUGUUCAAUUUGGGGAGCUUAUAUAUGUAAAGAUUCCAGUCGGUAAAGGGUGUGGAUUUGUACAGUAUGCAGCUAGGGCAUCAGCUGAAGAGGCAGUACAACGUCUUCAUGGCACAAUGAUUGGCCAACAAGCAGUUAGGCUUUCAUGGGGCCGAAGUCCUGCAAGUAAACAGGACCCAUCAGCUGUGUGGAGUCAGCAAGCAGAUCCAAAUCAAUGGGCAAGCACUUACUAUGGCUAUGGGUAUGAUGCAUAUGGAUAUGCUCAGGACCCUUCAUAUGCAUAUGGUGCUUAUGCUGGGUAUAGCCAAUAUCCCCAACAGGUUGACGGAACUGGUGACCCCGCGUCCGUUGCUGGUAGCCAUCCAGGCAUAGAACAAAAAGAGGAGCCAUAUGAUCCGAUGAACAUACCUGAUGUCGACAAGCUGAACGCUUCAUACAUGGCUGUUCAUGGUCGAGCCAUGCUAGGGCGGUCCUUGUGGUUGAAGACGAACCCGCUGCCCCAGCCGGCAUGAGCCAGCAUCCAACGUUGCCUUCCUCCAAAGACUGCAGUGCCUGUGGACACAGCUGGGUUUCCUCGCGGAUGAUUUCGCCCACUUCCCAGUCAACAUUACUAUGAUAGCGAUAGAUCAUCAGGCGCGAAAUUACAGUAGGCUGAUUGGCAGCUUCGUGUACGCUGAGCACACCCCAUGUAUGAUAGGCAUGUCCCUUUUGUGCUUUCUAGGCUGCUGCUUAACACUAUCAGGACAGUGUUGUGAGAAGUUAUCUGUGUGGCCCCGUUUUUUCCCCCUGAUAUAUGCUGUUUGAUCCUGGACUCUGGUUCACUCGAUUGCACAUUGGCAUAGCAAUAUGCUGUAUUAUCUUCACUUGAUUGAUAUCUGGUGGCUGGGUUUCUCUUC